AUGAAUCGUCUCUUCUCUGUUGACCGGUUUAUUUCGUCUACCGACUCCCCAAUCUCCUCCUUUCCGUGCCUAUCUUGUACAUGGGGUGCUCGUGCACACAGUGAAACGGAUCUCAACGUAUGGUAAGAUUCCCGUCUUUGCCGUUUUUUCGCGUCACCGUUUGGCCAGGGUGUUCGACCCUUUGCAUUUAGAGUCCCGAUCCCACUAGAGGCCCCGCUUGAAGCUAUCCAUAGAACAAGCGGUAAUCGUGACCUUCAUAUUGCCCGGAAAUGAUGACAUUGAAUUUGUGGACACAAAUUCGGAAUAUUUUAAGGGCAGCUUCCGAACUCUUCUUUGGGGACAGAAUGGGAGAAUUUGGGGACAUAAUGGUACAGAUUUGGCGACAGCUGACUUUUUCCCAAUUGUCUUUUUCUCCAAUUCUCGCUGUCAGAUUCCACGGAACCUGGAGUUAUCCACGAUGUGUCAACUCGAUGGAAUUUAUGGAGAGAGAGAGAUGUCCCCUGUGUCAACUGUUUCCCUAG